AUGAAAAGAAAUAAGACUGAAGAUAGCAACAGUGUUGCACAAAUAGAGGAAUCUGCAUCCAACCCUGUCUUGGCGCCAUCUAGGGUUAAUUUUGAAGAGGAAUUCCCGGAUACUAUCUCUGAGCCAGGUUUCGAUUUCAUCAAAAAUCCAUUCAAGUUAAAGCGCAGAUUCUCGAAGCCGUUGAGGAGAAUGAGCAGGAGUAUACAAGAGUAUGAUCUCCAUGAUUUAAGUCGCGCUAAUUUGUUAAUGAAAGAAGCGGUAGAAGCUGCAGAUGACUUUGAGAGACCUGUUGCUUUGUCAGCACGUUUGAGCAAAAUCACUUCUUACAGAGAUUAUCUUCGAAACUUGAGUAUUUCUGGCGAAUCGGAUCAACCGUUCGCUAUAUCGUUUGAGGAUGUUGCUGCUGCUGCAUAUAGAAUUCGCAAAGGAGUAGUGAAAUCACCUUGUGAGAAAACCACCAUACCCGAACUCGAAGACAUCGAUUUGUAUUUUAAGAAGGAGUUUUGUCAUGCUACUGGAAGUUUUAAGGAACGUGGAGCAAGAAACACACUACUUCUCCUUACAAACGAGCAAAAACAGAAAGGAGUUAUAGCUGCUUCAGCCGGUAACCACGCUCUAGCUUUGGCAUAUCAUGGAAAAUCUUUGAAUAUUCCUGUGACUGUGGUAAUGCCAGAAAAUUGUACUAUUGUGAAAGAAAUGAAAUGCAGAAAUUAUGGUGCUAAGGUUUGGCAAAAAGGAUAUGAUUUGGCGGAGGCGAAGGAGUUUGCUAUCAAGCUUGCACGUGAAGAAGGAAUGAUGUAUGUUAACGGAUACGAUCACCCUCACAUUUUGGCUGGUCAAGGAACCAUUGGAUUGGAAAUUCUCGAGCAAAUUGAGAAUGUCGAUGCAAUCAUAGUUCCUGUUGGUGGUGGAGGUUUGAUAGCAGGAAUUGCUGUCGCAAUCAAAAGUUUAUACCCACAUUGUCAAGUUAUUGGUGUUGAAUCAGAAAUGUGUCCUAGUUUCAAAGCAGCAUUAGAUGCUGAUAGACCUGUGAAAAUUGAUGCUCAUCACGCUUUGACUCUUGCUGAUGGUCUGUGUGUUCCGAAAGUUGGUAAAAACGCCUUUGAAAUAGCCAAAAAUUUUGUGGAUAAAACAGUUGUUGUAAGUGAGGAUUAUAUUGGAAUAGCUGUACUUCGACUGAUGGAAUACGAAAAAGCAAUUGUUGAAGGUUCUGGAGCUGCUGGACUUGCGGCUCUUCUGGCAGGACUUCUUCCAGAACUUAAAGGCAAAAGAGUUGUCGUUCCAUUGUGUGGGGGAAAUAUCGAUCCCACGAUGCUCGGCCGUUGUAUCGAAAGGGGGAUGUCUUCUGACGGUCGCUUGAUUCGUUUUAUCGUCAAUGUUAAAGACAGACCAGGUGGAAUUGCCGAGUUAACGCAACUGGUUGCAUCCAUUGGAGUUAGCAUAAAAGAUUUGUAUCACGAAAGAGCUUGGAUGACAUCUGGCAUAUUUAGUGUUCAGAUAAAAAUUAUUGCUGAAGUACGAAACAGAGAGCAUGGUUUGGAUCUUCGACGACUCUUAACCAAUCACUAUCAAGAAGAUAUAGUAUGGAAUACUGACCGUUCUGCUACAUACAUGCAUUCUAUAUAAUGCCCUGCUAAACACUAUACACUUGAUGUUUAUUUCAGUUAUAUAUAUAUGUGGGUAAUAAACAGACGAUAAAGAUCAAUACAGCUAA